GUAACGAACCACACAGGCUGAAUCACACACUGUGUACACAGCCGGGUCACAUCCGUAUUAUAUAUAUGUGACAGCAAAAACUUCAUGAUCAAAUCGUGUGAUGAUGAAGACGACCAUGGACGUGGCUUGGAUAAUUCUGCUUGCAACUUUAAGUUUACAGGUGGGUGUGGGGAGAUCGGAUUGUAUCUGGUAUGACGAAUGCAAGGACAGCAGUACUGGAAAACAGAAUUGUGCCUACAAUGGCACGGCCAAACCACUCACAGAUCCCAAGGCUUUACAGCGACUGAAACACUACUGUCCAGGCUUAUAUAAAGGUCCUGAUGACACUAAGACUUGCUGCAGUCCCAACCAGAUGUAUACCAUUGAGAAAAACAUGGGUCUUCCUGAGCAAUUGUUGCGUCGCUGUCCAUCAUGUUACUAUAAUUUCCUGGAAAUCUACUGCUUUUUGACCUGUAAUCCUAUGAUGAGUGACUCAGUUUCUGUCAAACAAUAUUCCGAUAACUACACUGUCGUAGAAUCGGUUAACUAUGUCAUGUCUAAGGACUUUGCUUUUGGAAUGUACAAUUCUUGCAAAAAUGUUGAAAUGCCGAGCGCUAAUGAGUUAGCAUUGAACAUGUUCUGUGGGCGUACCGCUGACAAGUGCACACCUUACAACUGGCUUCAGUAUAUGGGCGAAACCUCUAAUGGACAUACUCCUUUUGAGAUUGACUUCUACAUUCAAGAUGUUCCUUGGGUAUCUCCCACCAACAUAUCUAGUGUUCCCAUGAACUCAACAAUCACACCAUGUCAUAAAAAGUAUGGGAACGAAUCAGCAUGCAGUUGUCAGGACUGCGAGGCUAGCUGUGCACCAAUUCCUCCGAUCCCACCUCCGGCCGUGGAACCUAAAAUCCUUGGAAUCGAUGCCUGGUACUUUAUAACAGCAUGUUGUUACCUGGUUUUCUUCAUUAUUUUUGGAAUCUCUGUUAUGUGGCAUAAUAUCAUGACAAGAAACGCGUUUGGAAUUUAUACAGCAGAAGAGCAAGCACAUUCGGUGGAGGAGGAUGUCUAUAGAGUCAAUGGAGACAGCCAUGCGCGAAGGAAGAAGAAGAAAAUUAUGAAACGAUCUGACCAGCUACCAGCAGUUCAGAAAGAGGAUAUAAACUGUCUUGAAAAAAUGGGAGAAAAGAUGGAAUCUUUCCUACAAAGGUCUUUCCAGAGGUGGGGCACGUUCUGUGCUAGGCAUCCAAUCGUUGUAUUAAUAGUGGGAGUGAUCUUGGGUGGAGCACUUUGUGCUGGCAUUCCUUUACUCAAGGUUACAACUAAUCCUGUUGAGUUGUGGUCAUCCAAGACAAGCACAGCAAGGACACAGAAGGAAUACUUCGACUCUCAUUUCGGUCCAUUCUACCGAACAGAACAGUUGAUCAUCACUCGGCCAAACAACAACAGCUAUGUCAAUCACAAGUUACCCCCACCCAGUAUCGCAUACACAAACUACUCCAACUUAUUCGACAAUGCUUUCCUUCACCAGUUGUUAGAUCUGCAACUUCAAAUAUCAAACAUCACAGCAACCUAUGAAAACCGAACAAUUCGUUUAGAAGAUAUCUGCUUCCAACCUCUGUCUCCGGACAACAAAGGGUGUACAAUUCAGAGUCCUCUAGAGUAUUGGCAGGAGAGCCAUGAAAACCUGGACGCCGUCGUAUGGGAAACCAUUUACCAUUUCAAUAUCAAAGCCAACUAUCUUGAUCAUGCCGAGUACUGUAUCAGUGCGCCAGCUACAACAUGGGAUACCACAGGUCUUAACCAAUCAUGUCUCUCCGUCAGUGGUCAGCCGGUCUUUCCAUGGGUCGUCAUGGGUGGAUUUGAUGAUAACGACUACAAAUCAGCAACUGCCUUUGUUAUCACUUUUGUUGUCAACAACCAUCAUGACGAGUCACUAAAUGGACCAGCAGAGGCUUGGGAGAAAGAGUUUAUCAGUUUCAUGAAAAAUUUCUCUAGUCCAAACAUGACCAUUGCCUUCACCUCAGAGCGUUCAAUUGAAGACGAGAUCAACCGGGAGAGUAAUUCCGACAUCUUGACCAUCCUCAUCAGCUACUUGAUAAUGUUUGGGUACAUCUCUUUGACCCUUGGUCAGCUGAACUACUGCUACUGUCUCGGGGAACGUAUGGAUAGACUUCUGGUUGACUCCAAGAUAUUAUUAGGCCUGGCAGGAGUUCUCAUUGUGUUGUUGUCUGUCGGAGCCUCAAUCGGCUUCUUCAGUUACUGUAGUGUGCCUGCAACCUUGAUCAUUGCGGAGGUCGUACCAUUCCUCGCCUUGGCAGUCGGAGUUGACAAUAUCUUCAUUUUAGUCCAGAGUUACCAGAGAGACGUGCGGCCACCCUCAGAGUCCCUGGAGGACCAGAUUGGUAGAAUUGUAGGCCGCGUUGGACCCUCCAUGUUACUGUCUAGUCUCACAGAGACUGUAGCCUUCUUCCUAGGUGCCCUGACUGACAUGCCCGCAGUACAAGUGUUCUCUAUGUAUGCUGGUAUGGCUGUCUUCAUCGACUUCCUCCUUCAGAUCACAUGCUUUGUAGGGCUGAUGACACUGGAUGCCCGUCGACAGGAGAGUAAUCGGUACGACAUGUGCUGCUGUGUACAACUGCCUGUGGAAAAGAGUGAAAAGUCGGAGGGCUGGCUGUUCAGAGUGGUCAAAUACUACUAUUCACAUUUUCUAUUGAAGGAAUGGGUCCGUCCCAUUGUGGUUGUUAUCUUCACUGGAUGGAUGGCUGUCAGUUUUGCCUUUAUACAUAAAAUUGAUGUUGGCCUUGAUCAGAAACUCUCCAUGCCUGAUGACUCCUACGUACUUGACUACUUCACAAACCUAUCGGAGUACCUACAUGUUGGACCCCCGGUGUACUUUGUGGUCGAGGAAGGCCAAGAUUACGUGACAAUGGAGGGGCAGAACGAAAUCUGUGGUGGAAAUGGAUGUCCACAAGAUUCCCUGGCUGGACAGGUGUAUACUGCUUCACUCAGGGCUAAUUAUUCUCGCAUUGCCCAGCCUGUAUCGUCGUGGGUAGACGACUACUUUAGCUGGCUGAACUCCGGGGGACAUCCUCAGUGCUGUCGCUCCUACAACAAUAAUGGCAGUUUCUGUCCAUCUACAGUACCAGAUAAUACAAGUUUGUGUAAACCUUGCCAGCUUCAUGGAGCGAUCAAUGGCCAUCCUGUCAAGGAAGACUUUAUGAAGUAUCUUCCUUGGUUCUUGAGCGACAACCCAGGAACUGUGUGUGCAAAAGGGGGACAUGCAGCCUAUGGGAGUGCUGUUGAUCUUAUUCACAACAAGACCGGUGUUGGAGCUACGUACUUCAUGACGUACCACACCAUACUGAAGACCUCCACUGACUACAUAGAGGCUCUAAAGCAUGCUAACUCUAUAUCCCAGAACAUCACAGGUUUGAUGAAGUCCAAGGGGAAGCAAUACAAAGUAUUCCCUUACAGUAUCUUCUACGUGUUCUACGAGCAGUACCUAACGAUGUGGAAGGCAACUAUCCUCAAUCUUUCCCUCUGUGUGAUCGCCAUAUUUAUCGUGACAUUCCUGCUUCUCGGAUUUGACAUCUUUUCGGCGUUGAUGAUCGUCAUAACUAUCCUCAUGAUCAUCAUUGACAUGCUUGGCUUCAUGUAUCUAUGGGAUAUCUCGCUCAAUGCUCUGUCACUAGUCAAUCUGGUCAUGGCGAUAGGUAUCUCUGUGGAGUUUUGUGCCCACAUCACACGUGCGUUUGCUGUCAGUCUUCUCCCAACACGCGUAGAAAGAGCGAGAGACGCGCUGGCACACAUGGGUAGCUCUGUUCUCAGUGGAAUAACACUAACCAAGCUUGGAGGCAUCAUUGUGAUGGCAUUCUCCAAGUCUCAGCUCUUCCAAGUUUUCUAUUUCCGAAUGUAUUUGGGAAUGGUAGUUUUUGGUGCUAGCCACGGCCUUAUCUUCCUACCAGUACUUCUUAGUUAUAUAGGGCCACCACUGAAUAAAGCUAAGUUGUAUAGACAGCAAAAUGCCAAAAAAUCCUCAGACCACAUCCAGGAACAAGAUACAGCUGGCCUGACGGACAACGAUGAAUUAAAUGAUGAGCCCCCAGAUUACCAGUCCUUGUAGUCAUGGUGAUAUAGCAAGUCAUGUGAUAAUUUAUAGUCAAACAUUGUCGUUAAAGGUCUGGGAACUUAUCCAGUGAUACCAAUAUCCUAUGAUUCAAUGAUAUGAAGGUUGUGUGUUACUCUACCUACUGUUACUGGGAGUUUGUGACAGAGUGAUCUCCCUUCUCAGAUUUCACUAAAACCACGAAUUGGAUUAAUUUUUAACAAUAUAUAUAUAUAGUUUUGUGUUAGUUGUGUCAUCAAGCUGCAAUCAAAAGCUAUUCAUUCAUAAUAUGUUUCUGGGUUGGUAAAGGUAAAUGGCAUUAAUUUGAAGAAAUUUCUAGCUUUGGAAUGAAAUUGUACUGCAAGUGUCAAAAUUUAACAGAACUACCUUGCAAAUGUCAACAGAAACUUGAAUUUCAUGACUGAAUCAUCAUUAAUUAUAGUUAGGUAGUACUUUUUGUGAAUUGAUAUCUUAUUCAUUUAAUUUAUAAUACUUUAAAGUUAAAAUGGGGUUAUUUUUAACUGAAGAAAAAACCUUAAAAGACCUUUAUAAUUCUAUACAAAUGAUUUGAUUUGAAUACUACGGGUAUAUUUUUGAACUCACUUUGAAAGGAGAUCGUGAUACAUGUUGAAUGUAUCUGUAAAAUUAAUUUCUUGUUCUUGGAACUUAUGGUGAGAUAGUUUGACUAUCUAUCAGAUAUAUUGUAACCACUUCACCAUUAUGUAAACAAACAUGUUGUUUGUUGAUUUUCACCAUUAUGCAAACAAACAUGUUGUUUGUUGAUUUUCGUUCUUGCCGGAUAUGUGAUAAAAAUACUUGUGUGCAUAUGUUUGACCACGACACUACCACUCUGCCUUAUCCAGCCAUUGGUUUAGGAACAAUUCUCCAAAUGAUGUUUGGUCAUUUCAUUGUCCAGUUUCAGUGUCUCUACUUGUCUACAGAAUCCAUGGUAAUUGUAUUUGUAUACAUGUUAUUUAUCUUCGGUUAAAUUUUGCCAUUUUUGUGAGCAUGUGUUCAAUACUGAUCAUGAAGUGACAACGUUUUAAAAAAAAAAAAUCCUUCACUUUGUAAUGUUGAAUGGAAUAUGA